AUGUGGCGGAGCUCUUGGCGUGCCGCGGCAAGCGCUGCAUACCGCGGAGGCGCGCGGCACCGUCUGAGCCGCAACGCGGAUGGGACUACGCGCAGGCUUGUAGCAGCAUCACCUUCGGCUGCGUACGCUGUCGCUGGCGCCGGUGUCGCGGUAGCAGCAGUCAUCAACUUCAGUCAACAAGAGGAGGUGACGCUGUUAGAGGCACGCCCCGGACAGAGCAGUACGCUGUCGCGGAAUUUUAUUGCUGAUGCUGUGGAGAAAGCGUUUCCGGCGGUGGUGAAUAUUGCCGUUGAUUCAGGUUACUUUGCUAGCAAUGGAUCGGGAUUCAUAAUUACGAAGGAAGGUUUGAUCGUAACGAACGCCCAUGUAGUUGCUCGAUGCAAUCGCUAUUCCAAGAUUCAGGUGACUUUCGCGGAUGGUAGGAACUACCCCGCUGUGAUCCACAGCGCAGACACCCUAUCAGAUAUCGCUCUUCUCCAGAUAAAGUCCGAAGAAGUGAAGGAGUGGCCUAUGAUAUCGGUUGGCUCAUCGUCUGAGCUGCGUGCAGGUGAGUGGGUGUGUGCUCUCGGCAGUCCUUUCUCCUUGCAGAACAGCGUGAGUGCUGGCAUCAUUAGCGCCGUAGCACGGCACAGCAGCGAGCUUGGCUUUCCGCAAAAGGGCGGCGAGUACAUCCAGACGGAUGCGGCCAUCAACGCUGGUAACUCUGGUGGUCCACUCAUAAACCUUGACGGCGAGGUGAUUGGAAUCAAUACCAUGAAAGUGGACGGCAGCGUGGGAAUUUCCUUUGCAAUCCCGGCUGAUACUGCAGUCCAGGUAAUCGAGCAGCUUCGCAAACACAAGAAGGUCGUACGACCUUACAUCGGCAUGCAAAUGAUCAAUUUUAACACUCGGGAGCUCCAAGAGAUCGGCCGCAUGUUUCCUGAUGUGAAGGAGGGUGUUAUCGUCAAGUCAGUUGCCCCGGGCUCACCUGCUCAUAAAGGAGGAUUGCUACCAGGCGACGUGAUCGUCUCGUUCGACGGAAAGAAGGUGCACAGCACCAAGGACAUUUUGACCACAGUGGGCUACACCAUCGGCCGUCACAUCCCUGUGCAUGUCAAGCGCCGCGGAGAAAAGAAUCUCGUAAAGCUGAAGGUGACAACGGAACCGUUGCCACCUCCGAUCCAGCAAGUCAGAGGCUGA